AUCUGAGUGUACUGCAGAGACCCUCUUCUUUUCACCCUUAGGUUUUUCCUUUCUCUACUCAUAAAAUUGGAACCCCAUCGAAAUUCCUAACAUCGUCGCCGUCGCCUGCCUGCAUUUUGUUGUUAGAGCUCAGAUUUCUCUGAUUCAAGUUCAUCGAUCCUUUUCGAAGAGAUGAGUAGCAGUUCAGGCGAAGAAUCAGACUUGAGUGACUCUGAAAUUUUUGAGUUUAAAGAGAAACCUUAUGAAGAAUUAAGAACAGGAAAACUGAAAGUUAAGGGUCCAAAUGGGUCCCUUAGAUGUCCCUUCUGUGCAGGAAAGAAAAAGCAAGACUACAAGUACAAAGACCUUCUUCAACAUGCUACAGGGGUUGGCAAGGGUUCAGCUAACCGAAGUGCUAAGCAGAAGGCAAACCAUUUAGCACUUGCAAAAUAUCUGGAAACAGACCUAGUGAAUGAGGCUGAGCCAAUACCUAAACGUGCUGUGACUCCAGAGCAUUCAGAAGCUGAAAAAGAUAAACUGUUCUUUUGGCCUUGGACUGGGAUUUUCGUUAAUGUAUCAAAGGAAACAGCAAAUGGAAGAUCUCCAGAUGACAAGGAGUAUUGGUUAAAAAAGUUUUCCAUGUAUAUGCCUUUGGAAGUUAAGCUUUUCUGUGAUAACCAAGCCAGAGUCUCCGAAGCUAUUGUGAGAUUUAAUAGUAAUUGGACUGGUUUUAAGGGUGCGAUGGAAUUUGAGAAGUCUUUCGAAGCCUCUCACUGCAGCAAACAAGAGUGGAAAUCCCUUAGAAAUUGCCCUGGUCCAAAUUUAUAUGGGUGGGUUGCUCGAGAAGAUGAUUAUAAAGCAGAAGGGGCUUUAGGCGAAUAUCUGCGAGAGACGGGGGAGCUGAAGACUAUCUCGGACCUUAUGAAAGAAGAAACACAGGGUAGAAAGAAAGUUGUAGCAAAUCUAGCCAAUGAAAUUGACAUGAAAAAUGAAAAUCUGGAUGAGCUGCAGACAAAAUUCAAUUUGAAUACACUGUCUCUUCGUCAGAUGCUCGCGGAGAAAGACAUGCUACACCGUUCUUUUUUUGAAGAAUCACGGAAGAUGCAACGCCUUGCACGUGAGCAUGUACAGAAGGUCCUGAUGGAGCAAGAAAUGUUAAGCAUAGAGCUGGAGAGCAAGAAGAAGAAGCUUGAUUCUUGGGUCAGAGAACUGAAUAAACGUGAAGCCUUAACUGAGCGAGAAAAGCAAAAGCUUGAUGAGGAGAAGAAACAGAAUGAUGUGAGAAAUUCAGCACUUCAAAUGGCCUCUGUGGAACAAAGAAAAGCUGAUGAGAAUGUCUUGAGACUGGUUGAAGAACAAAAGAGGGAGAAGGAGGAGGCCUUGAAAAAGAUUCUUGAGCUAGAGAGGGACAUUGAUGCCAAGCAAAAACUGGAAAUGGAAAUAGCAGAACUUAAAGGAAAACUAGAAGUUAUGAAACACCUUGGAGGCAAUGACGAUGCAGCUGUACAGAAUAAGAUUAAAGAGAUGAACGAGGAGCUGAAAGAUAAAAUGGAGGAGAUGGAUGGUAUGGAGUCCCUAAACCAGACUCUCCUGAUGAAAGAGCGCCAAAGUAAUGAUGAGUUGCAAGAUGCACGGCGCACAUUAAAAGAGGGAUUGAUUGAAGUAUUGAGCAGUGCGCGAGCCCAUAUUGGGAUAAAAAGAAUGGGGGAAAUUGAUUCAAAGGCCUUCCAGAAUGCACUGAAGCAGAAGUUCCCGAAUCAGGAAGCUGAAAUCAAGGCUGUAGAACUUCUCUCUCUGUGGCAGGAAAAAAUAAAAGAUCCUGACUGGCAUCCCUUUAAAACAAUCAUGAUUGAUGAGUCGAAUGUGGAGAGAGUGAUAGAUGAGAAUGAUGAAGAACUGGGAAAGCUAAAGCAGGAAUUUGGGGGUGAAAUUUAUGAUGCGGUGACCGUAGCUCUGAAGGAGAUAGAGGAAUACAAUCCUAGCGGUAGGUACGCGAUUCCUGAGCUAUGGAAUUUCAAGGAAGGAAGGAAGGCCACACUGAAGGAAGUAAUCAGUUACAUUUUCAAGCAAGUGAAGGCGCAAAAACGCAAGAGGUAGCUGGGUGUUUUUGUAUUUAACUGGUUGGGGUAGCCCCUAUAUGUUUUUAAAGAUGCUUGUGAAACCAUGUAUGUCCGACUCUAUGUAGAUCAUUCCUCUCGCCUUCUCUGUGGAGACUUUGCAGUCAAAAAUAAGACUAUCGUCUAAGAUAAGCCAUUGGGAUUGGUACUGCGUUUGAUGGCCUUCCUAUUUUAUUUUAAAUUGUGUCGUGCAAUUAGUUUUU